UUAUGUUAUGAUGUAGGAGGACGUGGCCAGAAUGAAGGAGGCUCUGUGGGUGAAGUGGUGCAGGGAUGUGAUCACAUCUCACACAUGGAGGGUUUAUUGUAAAGAGGUGUGCGCUGUUGUCCUCCAGCCGCCUGGUGUCGCUGUGGCCCCUGCCUGGUGCUGCUUACCCCGUCAUGACGACUCCUGGCCGGUCGACCUGCCGGGGUCACCGGUCUCCAACAUGGCGUGGAGAAGCUGCUCCGUCCUGUUCAGACUGACCGGGAAAGACACACUACGGGGCCCCGUGAGGGGAGGCAGCAGGUGUCCUCACAGCUUCCAGCAGAGAUGUGGCUUCAAGAAAGCUGCUAGAAAACCAGAGACCAAGAAGGUGGAGGAGGACCUUGGCCCCGCCCACUCAGAAUCCUCAGAACCUGCAGUCCAGCGCCGGACCUCCACCCCUACCUUGAACCAGCCUGCUCCACCCACCCCCACAUCCCCGCGGGCCUUCGGCCGGCUCUUCAGACCGCUCCUCUUCACCGUGGGGUUUACAGGCUGCUCCUUCGGCUCAGCGGCCAUCUGGCAGUACGAGUCCCUGAAGUCUCGAGUCCAGAGCUACUUCGACGAGAUCCGAGCCGAUUGGUUGGAGAAAGUUCGACCUCAGAAACGAGGGGAUGUUCGUAAAGAGAUCAACCAGUGGUGGAACAGCUUGAGUGAAGGUCAGAAGACCGUCACAGGAAUCAUCGCCGUCAACGCCGUCGUGUUCUGCUGUUGGAGAGUCCCGUCGCUGCAGCGCGUCAUGAUCAAAUACUUCACCUCCAACCCAGCCUCCAAGACUCUUUGCUCUCCGAUGCUCCUCUCCACCUUCAGCCACUACUCCUUCUUCCACAUGGCCGCCAACAUGUACGUCCUCUGGAGCUUCUCCACUAGCGCCGUCUCCAUGUUGGGCCGAGAGCAGUUCAUGGCCGUCUACCUGUCAGCAGGUGUUGUUGCUUCCUUUGUCAGUUACGUGGGUAAGAUGGCGACGGGGAGGUUCGGCCCGUCUCUCGGAGCGUCCGGAGCCAUCAUGACCGUCCUGGCUGCCGUCUGCACCAAGAUGCCUGAAGCCAAGCUGGCCAUCAUCUUCCUCCCCAUGUUCACCUUCACAGCCGCCAGCGCUCUGAAGGCCAUCGUUGCCAUGGAUACAGCAGGUCUGGUGUUGGGAUGGAAGUUCUUUGACCACGCUGCUCAUUUAGGAGGAGCCCUGUUUGGAAUCUGGUACAUCCUGUUCGGUCACGAGCUGAUCUGGAAGAACCGAGAACCUUUCGUCAAAUUCUGGCAUGACCUGAGGACGCGAGGAGGAGGAGGAGGAGGAGGAGGAGGCGCCGCCGUUUAGACUCUGGGAACUGAGUGAAGGUGGAAAGUUGUAUAAAAUGUACAGACAGAGACGCAGGAGGCUGGAAGAGUUAACUUCCUGGGAAACAGGAAGCAGUCUGAACUGGAAGUAAAGUCUCGUGUCCAGAUUUACGUCCUGAUGGAUGACUCAGCAGAUUAUUUAUGAACAAACGUGACAGCCUGAUGAUGAUGCUGUAAGUUUCUGAGUAUUUACCAGUUUCUCCUCCAUCAUCGGAUUCACAACAGAAAACUUCAGAUGUUUAAACAAAAAUUCUUUUCCUCUAGUUUUUAUGUUUGUUGGUUUUUUUCCAAAUAAAACUGUAAAGAAUCCGAAAUGAGAUCAUUUAUCGGAUUUUAAUAUGAUUCUUUCUUUCUGCUGUGUAAUUUCAGAGGAAAAAAAACAGUUUUCUGUGUAAAAUGUAAAUAAAACCAGAACCUCA